AUGGAUAUCACAAAAUUUAUUGUCGAAAGACGACUCAAGAUUCAAAUUGAUUCAUCCUACAAACAUUAUCAACCUGAAAUCACAAGACAGAUUCAGACGCUGAGAAAAAAACUUGACAUUGCGACAAAACGCCGCUCAAAGUACUCCAGCAAAGCUAUCACUGUGGAAGACAUCAGUCGCAAUCAUGAAUUUGUUCACUAUCACUUACUCCUGGCCGAACGAUGUUACGCAAACGCAAUGAUGAUGAAAGAAACGCACAUGGUCGGCAAAAAGGGCUUAACCGGUCCAACCCGAUCGCACAUCGAUUCUCGCCUUCACAAAGGCGUCAAGUAUGCCAGACAUCUUUGUCGAUUACUGUCCGAUAAAUCGACUACCAAUGCGAACGAUGCCGAUAUAUUGGAAGCUAGAGCAUACGCUGCUUCUCUCGCCGGAGCGAGGUAUUUCGAGAAGGAAAGUUGGGAGUCUUGUGUGAAGAGCUACACAGAAGUUUGGAUCAUAUACACUGCACUUUCUAAGGUCACCAAAGCGGAUAUCUUCAAGGAUCUUUUGACCGACCCCGUUGAUCCCAGUAUACGAUACGCGGCUUAUAAGAUGGGAUUGCCUCGAACAUUAGCUAUAUCUACCAUUGUCCGCACGAAUUUCCCUUCAGAGGAUCGAGAGUUGACAAGACAGUUGGGAAACUUAGACCCCGAUUCUCUGAAAGACGAAGCGACAAUGUCAGAAGUUGAAAAUCUGGAAUCAGAUGUGGCAAUCAAAACUAUUGUUUGGCGAUCUCGGACAGUAGUUCUGGAAGAUGCAGCAAUAGCUACUGCCCUUGGAUCGGUCAAGGCAGCUACCCUGAAGCUAUCCAACGCUCUUUCCUCAUCCAGUCGUAAGGAUACGGGCUUGGCUUAUGAUGAUGUUCUAAUGGCUAGUCAAGAGGCCGUAGACGCUACAAAACAUGCUAUUGACGAGCUAGCUUCAGAGGGUGUUGAACAAAGUGAUAAGCGCAUGCAAAGUUUGUUCGUUACGCGGACUAGAAAUAUCUAUGAAAUGAUCAGUUGGCGAGUCGGACGAAAUAGAGCGAUGUUAGGGAAAGGAGACGGAUUAGAUGUUGACCCACCUCGACAGCUAUACAGGAAGAAGGGUAGUGGGAUGGUUCCAAGGGAAGCGGGCACUUCGCAAAAGGUGGCACCCAUGCGAGCGAAUGUUGUUCUUUAUGAUGGAAUUUUGAAAGAUAUCGAGUCUAUUCGCGAACUCCACGGUGUUACAUCAGACUCAGAACUAAUGGAAGAACUGGAUGCGAAAUAUAGCUACUUCCAAGCUCUUAAAUGCCUGAUGCUAGCUCGCGCACAUGCAAUCGUACCCAAUUCUGAGAAUCUGCGAAAUUCAUUAGCUCUCUUGAAUCGCGCAGCAGAAAAGUGCACAGCUGCUCACUCUAAGCUCUCGUCUUCAAUGGACACAAGUACUGCAGAUAGUCCACCUAAUCUAACUGUCACUUCCUCUCAACCCGAAAACCUACUCGCUUAUCUCCACUGCGAACUUCAACGCUACCGGGCUUUGGUCGAGAUAUACGAUCUCACCUCCGCUACUCCUCAACCAGCCAAUGAAAACGUACGACAAGCUCCUCUCGUUGAACGUCUCCAUGUGUACCCAGCCGACGGGAUUGUUGACCUCAAUAAUCUCGUAAACUAUCCUCCAAGAAUGGAAGUUGUACCCGUCAAACCACUAUUCUUCGAUUCGGCGUGGAACUAUAUUGACUAUCCCGGGAGAACAACUGAGAAAGCUGCAGAAAAGGCUGCUGUAGAGGAAGUGGAGACAGAGCCGGAGGAACCACAGGAGCAGCAUCAACAGCAGAAAAAGGGAUGGUUUGGUUUCGGUAGAUAG